CUUGAUGUACCCGUCAAGAGUAUUAUGAAGUGCUGGUAAAGCUUGUCUUGGUCUUCGCAGUGAUGCAUGUUCAUGACAUGGUAAUAAAGAGAACAAUGGUCAUUCUGAUAGGAAAAGAUCGAAGUAGAUGUUCAAGACGAACAACAUGAUGGCGCAAUAGAACCUCCCACUUGGACUUGCUUGCCUCAACAACAUGGAACCUUAGAAUUAAGAAAAAGAAGAAGACACCAUCUGGAAAGCGUCAAGACAAGAACAACAUGGCGAUUAACAUAAGGAAUAAUUUAUCUACACUUACACGACCUGUAUAAUUAUAAAUAUAUAUGUUUGUAUCUAUAAUAUCCCACCAAGUACUGUGUCUGAAGUAGAAGUGGAGCCAUCUUUUUCACACGAUACACGCGAUCAUUCCAAGAUGGUGCUGCGACCCUCGUUUCGACGACUGUUGCUACGGCGAUACACCUUCUGGUCAAGCUUGGCUUUCUAUGCGACUCUGAGCAAUGGAGGUUCUUUUUUUUUCGAAUUAAUUUCAUCAGGCCCAGUGGGAUCUUCGCAGGGUCAGGAGCAGUCCAGAGGAGCUCAUACAAUUUUUGAAUCGAGAACAGGAGCACUUUCAUGUUGCAUAAUUUUUUAGGCCACUGGGCGAAAGAGAAGAGUCAGACGAAGGCAGAAGUGGUAACCUCGUGGGGAGAAACGACGGAUGUUCUAAGAAAAUCAUUUCUUUGUAGAAGAGAAGGACCCACAAGCACAACCUGCUCCACCACAGAGGAACGGUAGAAUAAACCGUAGUAUAAAUGGAGGUCAUGCCCGAUUUGCUCAAAUCCACGAUGACAAAGGCACAGGGGAAGAGGGGAGCCCAAGAUGCCAACCUACAAAACCAAAUCCACGAUGACCAAGGCACAGGGGAAGAGGGGAGCCCAAGAUGCCAACCUACAAGACCACCUCCACGAUGCUGCUGAGGAUGGGCUUCCCUUAGUUCUAAUACAAGACUUCUCAAAUGACUUAGGCCUAGCGGAGAUUCGAAAAAAAGAAGGCGGAAAGGUGGAAGAAGAAAUCAAGUCGAGGCUCAAGGUUCAAGUCGAGACAUCUUCAAUAGAAUACGAAUUGGGCGUGGUCAUUAGAGCCCCGCCAACCUGGGACAAAAACAACCUCUGCGAAAAACACAUGCGAAACGGAAACAUGCAAGUAGGGACCAUGAUUUACAUUGCACCUCAGUACCAACUAGCUUCUAGUGCCUAG